GAAAUGGCCGGAGAUUUUCCGCAGUUGGGCACAAAGACAACAGCCUCGGGCUGCGAGUGGGAUGGAAAAGAGCAUUUAGACAACAGCUUGCCCAACGACCCACUCAUGUCCCAGCAGACAGAGCUGUCCCACCGGUGUGCUGGACGGGGGGAGGAGGGGUAACCCCCCUAUUAAAGAUGUUUCUGCUCCCACUCGAGAAGUGUGACACCCUAAAGUGGAGCUGUCGCAGCACAGGGUCUGACUAUAAACACACACACACACACACACACACACACACACACACACACACACAUACACUCCUGCAAACGUAUUGUACACAAGGGGUUAACAAGUGUUUUCCACAAAGUGAAUUGGCCUCCCAUCAUGCACCUCCCCACCCACUCCCAGAAUGGACCGUCCCAUGGAUUCACAUGACGUGUGUGCGUGUGUGUGUGUGUGUGUGUGAGUGACAGAGUGUGUGUUUGAGAGAGAAAGAGAGAUAGAGACAGUGACAGAGCGAGCAUGUGCGUGUGUGAGUGAGUGUGUGCGUGUGUGUUCUCUUAGCCAUAUAUAUUGGGCCAUGUGGACACAGACGUGCAGUUUUGUAGGAUAGACUUUGUAUUGGCUGCUCGGCUGUUUGCCUCCCUUUCUUCGUUUCUCUCUUACAGAGAACCAGUGGGAAUAUAAAGCAGCCCUCAGUUCUGAACGCUCGCUGCUUGGAACCAAGGAACCUUUUCGCCCUGUGUGUGCCAAGUCUCGCCAAGUACCUGGUGCUGUAGACAAAAUGAGUGAUCUGCUGGACGAUGGCUCAUUCAUGUUCACGUCGGAGUCCGUAGGCGAGGGACAUCCAGACAAAAUCUGUGACCAGAUCAGCGAUGCUGUCCUGGAUGCUCACCUGAAGCAGGACCCAGAUGCCAAAGUGGCCUGUGAGACGGUGUGUAAGACUGGCAUGGUGCUGCUCUGUGGGGAGAUCACGUCUCGGGCCAACGUGGACUACCAGAAGGUGGUCAGAGACACCAUCAAACACAUCGGCUACGACAACUCCGACAAAGGUUUCGACUAUAAGACGUGUAACGUGCUGGUGGCUCUGGAGCAGCAGAGUCCAGACAUUGCUCAGGGGGUCCAUGUUGACAGACAGGAGGAGGACAUUGGAGCAGGAGACCAGGGUCUGAUGUUCGGCUAUGCCACAGACGAGACAGAGGAGUGCAUGCCCCUCACCAUCGUGUUAGCCCACAAACUCAACUCAUCGAUGGCUGAACUCAGACGCAACGGCACCAUCCCCUGGUUGCGUCCUGACUCUAAAACACAGGUGACGGUGCAUUAUGAGCAGAAGGAUGGAGCCGUGAUCCCAAAGAGAGUUCACACCAUCGUGAUCUCCGUCCAGCACGACGACUGCAUCUCUCUGGAGGAACAGAAGAGGGUGCUAAAGGAGAAGGUGAUCAACGCUGUGGUUCCUGCUAAAUAUUUAGACGACAAGACCAUCUACCACCUCCAGCCAAGCGGUCGCUUCGUCAUUGGAGGACCUCAGGGUGAUGCUGGUGUGACGGGCAGGAAGAUUAUCGUAGACACAUACGGAGGCUGGGGAGCUCACGGUGGCGGAGCUUUCUCCGGCAAAGACUUCUCAAAGGUCGACCGCUCAGCUGCCUACGCUGCUCGCUGGGUCGCCAAGUCUCUGGUCAAAGCCAAACUGUGCAGGAGAGUCCUGGUUCAGGUGUCUUAUGCUAUCGGAGUGGCCCAGCCUCUGUCCAUCUCCUUGUUCACCUACGGUUCCUCCCAGAAAACAGAAACAGAGCUGCUCCACAUCGUCAACAAGAACUUUGAUCUGCGGCCCGGAGUCAUUGUCAGGGAACUGAACCUGAAGAGGCCCAUCUACCAGCAAACAGCCUCUUACGGCCACUUCGGUCGACCAGAGUUUACCUGGGAGAUGCCCAAAAAGCUUGUCCUCUAAAAACCACCACCUGCUCGUCCUGAUCGACAACUGCUCGUGGGCUACAACUGCAACCUCCGGUCACUGAUAGAACACGUUUUAAUGGGAAGAAGUAAAGCCAAAGUCAGGGUCAGCUUUAAAGAGAUGAGAAGAUCAUUUUGAGAGUAUUUGUAGCCAAACGGAUGUAAAAGAGGACGUCUCAGUAACUAAUCCUUUUCUAGCAUCUAAAAUAUCCAGUAAGAACCAUCACUAUUCAAAGCUCUUCCCUGGUAAACCAACAACACAGAAAAUAAAAUCCUCUGAUGAUUAGAACAUCUACACCACUAGAAGCAGGGUUUUAUUUUAAAGCUGUGACUGUAACCUUACUGUGUACGGAGACAACCUCAGUGCUUCAUUUUCAAAAGGUGCUAUAGACAAUAGCAAGUAUUUUGUCAGUGACGAUCAUGUGAGUGUCAGUGGCAUAAUUAUUGCUAAACCAAAGGCUUGGCUUUAGAGGAAGAAAUUAAUCUUUUCUGUCAUGAGUGUAAAAUGUGUUUCUUUUUUAAGUCUUAUUUUGUAACGUGUGCGACAGGAAGCUGUUUGCACCGUUACGACCACCGCACAGAUCAUUUCAACGUUGGCAAGCUUUUAUUUUCCAGAGAUGAAAUAUGCUGCGCUCAAUCAAAUGCAAAACAGUCAGGGAGUCUCAUGUUUUCACUUCUGUCACCACUUUUACUGUUUUAAUAUCAACUUGCUGCUCACUUCAUCUGUGGAUGGAUUUUAUGUGUCUGUAUUUUUUUUUAGCAACUAAUUGACCAUGAAUCAAUCUCCUCUUGGCAUUAAAUCAAAGCUGCACUGAUGUCUUACAAUUGCAUUCUGUUUUAAGCCUGUGUUCAGUUAUAGUUCAUAUCAGACAUAGUAAAUUGCUUCAAAUGCAGCUUCUCUUCAUCCUCGAGACUCUUUCCUCAUUUCUCCUCAAUAUGAAUUUUGAUGUUCUCCAAAAAACACAUCUUGGACUGUUGGCUGGUUACCCUGCAGCUCUAUACCACGGGCCGACAUUGUCUCCAUGGGUUUAGAGGAAAUACAUGAAUAUAUUUCUCACAGGGUAUUAGAAAUGUAAUGGGUCAGAUUCUGUCUUUAAUCAAUGUAUGUUCUGAUGGGCUUGGUGAAGUGUGUGGGGAGGUUUAGGAGUUUCCGUGGUGACAAUCCAUGCUUUCUUCUACAGCCAACGUUGUUUUUUUAAGAGACGUUUUUCCUCUGUCGAAUGUUUUGAUCUGUACCAUCAUCUGUUGACGUUGUCGGCAGAGAAACUGGACAAUGUAAAUAAUUCAACAAUGAAAGAAAAUUAAAGUUUUAAAGUGUU